UUGGGAAACCAAGUGAAUUUUGUGGGCUUUAUGUAGUAAUUUGUGGGCGAUGUUUAACAAAUCCCUUACUUUUCCUAUAACUCUGUAAGGCCGUAAUGGUUUACUCCGGACCAAUAUACGAAGCACGGACCAUUACAAAUUUCAAAUUUACGAGUACUAGAAACUUCGUAUUAAGCUACAUCCCUCUGAAGUUGCAACUUACUACUUUACAAGUAAACCAGGAACUUGUUAUAAAGCGAAACCAACCUGGGUCUUGUACGAAACAUCUGAAAUUAAACAAACCAAAAAACAAUUGAAUCAAUUUCUCUCUCCUCAAUUCAACCCCGCCAAAAUCUUCAUGCUCUAAGCUGAAUUUCAAUGGCGGACAAGCAGCUUAUACUCGUUGUUGAAGGAACUGCGGCUAUGGGUCCUUAUUGGAAAACCAUUGUUUCCGAUUACCUUGAUAAGAUCAUCAGGUCUUUUUGUUCAAAUGAUAUGACAACUCAGAUACAGAAGCCUACUUCAAUUGUUUCUGGUUCGACUUUUGAGCUUGCCCUGGUUGUGUUUAAUACGCACGGACCUUAUUCCGGUUCCUUGGUUCAAAGAAGUGGUUGGACAAGAGACAUGGAUAAUUUUUUAAGCUGGUUGUCUUCCAUAACAUUUUGUGGCGGCGGGUGGAACGACGUUGCAACUGCUGAAGGCCUUGCCGAGGCUUUAAUGAUGUUUGCUAUCCCUCAAAAUGGAUAUCGGGCUGAACAGAAUUUGGAUGGAAAAAGACAUUGUGUUCUUGUUUCUGCCAGUAACCCUUAUUCCUUGCCAACACCAGUAUAUCGACCAGCAAUUGAAAAUCCUGAGCAGGGUGAAAGUGGUGAAGCUCAAGCCGAGAAUCUUUUAUAUGAUGCUGAGACUGUGUCUAAAUGGUUUGGUCUGUGUUCUGUCUCGUUGUCUGUGAUUUGUCCAAAACCGCUACCUAAGCUUAAAGCAUUAUAUAACGCAGGUAAGCGUAACCAGAUGGCGGCUGAUCCAGCUGUUGAUGUUAAACAACCUCACUACUCUGUUCAGAUUUCAGAUAGCUUCAUGGAGGCUCUUGCUGCUUUAAGUCGGUCGGGAUUGGCUCAAAGUCAAAAUCCUGCCACAACCUCACCUCCUGGCUCAGCCCCUCCUUCUGUGCCACCAGUGAAUGGAUAUAUCAUGAAUAGACCAUCCGUGUCUGCGGGAAACGUUCCGCAAGCAACUGUCAAAAUCGAGCCAAGUACAGUGACAUCCAUGACAUCAGGACCUGCUAUACCUCAUAUGCCUUCCAUUCCUCGUGCUGCUGCACAAAGUGUUCCUAGCUUACAGGCAUCUUCACCUCCUUCUGUGUCACAGGAGGCGACUACAACCAAUGAAAAUGUUCCAGAUCUUAAGCCAAUUAUUAGCAGUAGCAUUUCUCAGCCCGUACGUCCUGUGGGUGCCAUACUAAACAAUAUCUCUCAAGCACGAGUAGCCCUUGCUGGAGGAACUUCUCUAGGGUUGCCUUCAAUGGGUGGGAAUACUAUUGGUAUGCACAUGUCAAACAUGAUAUCUAAUGGUAUGAUAUCGAAUGUGCCGCCUUCUCAAACUGUGUUGUCUUCUGGACAGUCCGGCAUCUCUACUGUAACUGGGUCGGGAAGCAUUGCAGGAGCUUCUCAGCCUUUACAGAACUCAGCCCUCGGUUCAUUUUCUACUGCAACUUCAAAUGUCUCUGGAAAUUCUAACCUAGGCAUAUCUCAGCCAUUGACUAAUCUCCAAGGGAAUGUAACUAAUACGAUGGGUCAACCUGUAUCUGGGAUUGGUCAGGGAAAUGUUUCAGCUAUCACACAGAGUGGGACUAAUAUGAAUCCAAACAUGAUGUCAAAUCUUGGUUCAACUGGUGCACCAUCCGGUACUGGCUCUAUGAUGCCAACUCCAGGAAUGCCUCAGCAGGUACAGCCAGGAAUGCAAUCUAUUGGAGUUAACAAUUCAGCAGCUAAUAUGCCGAUGUCUCAACAAGCUACGGCUUCUUUACAGUCUUCACAAUCCAAAUAUGUUAAAGUUUGGGAGGGAAACUUGUCCGGACAGAGACAGGGACAACCUGUAUUUAUUACUAGAUUAGAGGGGUACAGGAAUGCAUCAGCCUCAGAGACACUUGCAGCAAACUGGCCGCCAACUAUGCAAAUAGUCCGUCUUAUUUCUCAAGAUCACAUGAAUAACAAGCAAUAUGUUGGCAAAGCAGAUUUUCUUGUUUUCAGGGCGAUGAAUCAGCAUGGAUUUCUUGCUCAGCUACAAGAAAAGAAGCUUUGUGCAGUUAUCCAGCUGCCUACACAGACGCUGCUGCUGUCCGUUUCUGAUAAAGCCUGCCGCUUAAUAGGAAUGCUUUUUCCUGGGGAUAUGGUGAUUUUUAAACCUCAAAUACCAAGUCAGCAGCAGCAGUUGCAGCACCAGCAGCAACAAAAUCAGCAGUUGCAGCACCAGCAGCAGCAAAAUCAGCAGAUGCAACAGCAAAAUCAGCAGAUGCAGCAGCAGCAAUCUCAACAACAACAGCAGCAGCAACCACACUCUCAGCUGCAGCCUCAACAACUUCAACAUAUGCAACAGCACCAAACUAUGCAACAGCUGCAACAACAGCAGCAGCUUCCCCAGAUGCAGCAAUCACAGCUUCAACAUAUACCACAGCAACAAAACAUGCAACAUCUGCAGCAACAACAGCAAAUCCCGCAACUUCAACAACAGCAAAUUCCACAGCUUCAGCAACAACAACAAAUUCCACAGCUUCAGCAACAGCAACAAAUACCUCAGUUACAACAGCAAAUUCCACAGCUUCAGCAACAACAACAAAUUCCACAGCUUCAGCAACAGCAACAAAUACCUCAGUUACAACAGCAGCAACAACUUCAGCAGCUACAACAACAAUCUCAACCGCAGCAAAUGGUUGGUGCUGGAAUGGGUCAAGGUUAUAUGCAAGGUCCCGGUCGACCUCAGUUGGUUCCCCAGGGACAAGUACCAUCGCAGGGGACCCAGCCAAAUAUGUCCGGAGGUGGAUUUAUGGGUUAGUUUGUUUAGGUGUUUUAUAAUUGAACCGAAAUAUUUUUAAGUGUCCCCUUGUCCUUGUCACUUGGGUUGGCGCUGCUAGUUAAUAUAUAGUGAAUAGUCUAAUCAAUUGGAUUAUGAUAUGAAUUUAUGACAUCUUAAUUAUAUUCUAACCUAUUAAACUAUUCUUAUGAAAUGCAAGAGGUAAGAAGGAAUUUUGUUGCAA